AUGCCACUUUUUCCACGCCCGUGCUAACCUUCUCCCAAGUCAGCAACGACUUGUAGGUCAGUCAAUACAAACGUGUAGAUCAGUCGCAGCUUUUCUCGCCGGAUGCUUCAUCGAUUCUUGUGAAGAAUGGAAGGCCGAAGGAGAAAAAUGACAGAAGAAGGAGAAGGCGAGGGCGACGACGGCGCCGGCAUCGGCGGAUUCGCGCGGCUGCCGGAGGAGUGCGUGGCCCGCGUGCUCGCCUUCACCACGCCUCGCGAUACCUGCAGGGCGGGCCUCGUCUCUGCCGCGUUCCUGUCUGCCGCCGCCUCCGACGCCGUGUGGGCCAAUUUCCUGCCGCCCGAUUGCGCCCAGAUCCUGUCGCGCGCCGUCCGACCCCUCGAGUACUCUUCCAAGAAGGAGCUUUACUUUCGCCUCUGCGACCCCAUCCUCGUCGACGACGGCGGGAUGAGCUUUCAUAUGGAAAGAUCGACAGGGAAAAAGUGUUAUAUGAUAUCUCAGAGAACAAUGUCAAUCAUAUGGAGCGACCACCCGCAGUAUUGGAGACGGAUUCACCACCCAGAAUCAAGGUUUGCGGAGGUGGCAGAGCUACUGUCUGUCUGCUGGUUGCAUAUCGGUGGAACGAUAGAUAGCCAACUACUCUCGCACAGAACUACAUAUGCAGCUUAUCUCGUCUUCAAGUUGGCCCCCGAUUCGUACGGCCUCAAUUCUACUUCUCAAUUCGCCUCUGUCAAGCUCGGAGCCUACGCACUGGAGAACUCUGUCUCUUUACAGCCAGACAACAAUGAAGAUGACAGCGAUGAUGACGACAACGGUGGUGGUGACGACGACAAUGACAGUGAGUUGGAGGAUGACAACGAGUCGAAGGAUGCUGAUGAGGAUGAUGAGGAAGCACGAAGAAAGAAGGUGAAGAUGUGUCUGAGGGAGGAUGGGUGGUUGGAGGUAGAGCUUGGGGAGUUCUACAAUGAUGAAGGGGACGAAGGGGAGGUGGAGAUCAAACUGUAUGAGACCACGGAACUGCAUUGGAAGCGUGGACUCAUUAUCCAGGGCCUUGAUAUAAGGCCUAAGCUCUAAACUGAAGGAAGUGUGGUCGGUCACCUUUACAUUUUACUUGUUGUUGACUUCUUGUGAUACAGGGCGUGGAUGUGAUUGGCUACUGUAGACGAGUAAUAUUUACAAAUUAAACCAGUUCAUCUCAUUCAGAUUAUAAGAAAAUAAUGUUUUUUUCA